CGCGGCCGAAGUCCGGCCAUGUCCGGGCGGCUCCGGGGCCGCGGGGCCGGCGCCCUCCCCGCGCUGGGGCUGCUGCUGCUGCUGCUGCUCGGAUCGCCUGCCACGCCGGGCAUCACCUGCCCGACUCCCACAUCUGUGGAGCAUGCAGACAUCCGGGUCAAGAAUUACAGCAUCAACUCCAGGGAGCGGUAUGUUUGUAAUUCUGGCUUCAAGCGUAAAGCUGGGACCUCCAGCCUGACCCAGUGUGUGUUUAACGAGACCGCGAAAGUCGCCCACUGGACCACUCCCAACCUCAAGUGCAUCAGAGACCCCUCCCUGAGUGACCAAAGGCCACCCUCCACAGCAGCGCCAACAGGGUUGACCCCAGAGCCAGAGAGCCCCACCCCCUCCGGAAAAGAGCCUGAUCUUACUUCCAAGUCAGACACCAAAGUGGCCACAAGGCCAGCUACUGGACCAGGCUCCAGGUUGCCAUCCACAGCUCCUCCUGUGGGAACCACAGGGGUAGUCAGUAAGGAGACCACCUACGUCCCAGCUCAGACAGCAGCCAAGGCUCCGGAACACACACACCCGGCCUUGCAGGACACGCCUGGUGCAUAUCAGUACAAUCCCAGAGUUGUGACCGCAGCCGUCUCCAUACCUGUCACUGUGCUCUUUGUAGCGUGCCUGCUGUUUCUUCUGGUACGUUGCCGCCUGAGGUCAAGGCAAGCCCACCAGCCACCCGGUGUUGAGAUGGAGAGCACGGAGAGUGUGCCGAUGACCACGGGGGCAGAUGCCAGAGGGGAGGACACGGAAAUCCACCUGCAUGGCCUAGGAGGCUCCGGGGACGCCGAGGCCAGCAGAGGCCGCAGUGAAGGCCCAGCUCUUCUCCAGCCAGAGAGGACCUAGGGAAGACUUGGGGCAUUGGCCCCAGGGGAUAGCCCCCGAGGGUGAGGAAACAUCCAUGCAUCAUUUUACCGACUGCCCAGCUCAAGCACCACCCUUACCAGUGGGUUCUCUGGGCUCAGGACAGAUGCCCGCUGUCUGCCUGCCUUGCCUGCCCGCUCUGGGCGUAAGGCCCAGUUCUCAAAGUCCCAGCCGACAACGGUUACCUGGGAGGGAGUGAAGCCCUCAGGGUUUCCUAUCAGGGCUUUUAUUUCAUCGUGACAUUUAUUCAGGACAGCUUGUCCACGGGAUUCAAUCCCAUUCCUCAUCCUAAUCUGCAGGUUACAAAGAAAAGAAACACACCCGAGGCUCCACGUGAACUACAAGACUCCUCCCGGAUUGGGAGGUGUUAACAAGGAUGACACCAGCAUUUCAGCUUGUAAAACCUUCUCUUGGCCAGGUGCUCUGCGUGCAUGGAAAAGGAGCAGGGAGAGACUGUGCCUUGUGGAUCCUCUAGAUUUAAGGAUUCAGAAAGAAGAAAACUUAACUUGCUGACGUUUUUCUAUAGAUGUGCAUUUAUAUUUAUAUCCUUGUCUUUAUAUCUGCAUAUUGCAAGAUUUGUAUUUUGAAAUUGUUCCUUGUACAAACAAUAUAAAAUGUCUAUUUUCAAUAUAUAUAUAUAUAUAAAGAUUGCACUGUAAGAAUUACUGAUAAGAAAUGUACCACAAAGAAGAAAAGGAGAUCAGGAAUGCAGAGUCCCACAUGACUGAGGUCAGCUUUUCUCUCUGAAAGGAGGAAAAAAGCCUUGCCUGCUGCCGAGUCAGACGGUGGCUUUGGAGAAUUUCUGGUAGUGUUUCCACGUGAGAAGCACGUGUGUGUCUGCUGCACAUGCUGUCCCUCUGUUGUUUUCUUUCCUUCUUUGAUGUUUAUGUUUGUUUAUGAAAUCAUGGGCCUUGUCCCAGCUCUUCAUUUUACAGAUGGGAAAACUGAGACCUAGAGAAGUGACUUGCCCAUUUGCUCAUGCAGUCUGCACAGAGUUGGGAUGGGGGCAAGUACAGGGGCGGGACUGUAAACCAGGUGUCAGCUGCCCCAUCACACGGCCAGCGUAGCCGGGAGGGGAGGUGGAAUGUGGGCAGAGCAACCAGUUCACCUGCUGCGGGGGCUCUCAGAGUGCUCCUUCUUGUGAAUUUCUUCAGGUCAUGAAUUUAGACGCCUUCAUCAGGGCCGGUGCAUUGGGAUGACCCUGAGA